AUCAUUUCUGUUGACCAAUGAGAGAAGGUCUUUCUUCGCGUGUUUGCGGUGGAGGUUACUGCAGGUCAUGUAGUAAAAGAUGGCUGCCCCCAGAUGUGUGUUUUGUGUUGUCGUGGCCAUCAUCUCUGUUUUACACACUUUCACUGUAGUCCCGGGACAAGUCAUGACCGUGGAGGAAAUACACGAAUACAGGGAACAGGUCCGCUCCAUGUUCCAGCAUGCGUACGAUGGUUACCUGCAGUUUGCCUACCCGUACGACGAACUUCAGCCCCUGACAUGUGAUGGUACUGACACCUGGGGCAGCUAUUCUCUUACAUUGAUUGAUGCACUGGAUACUUUGCUGGUGAUGGGGAAUCACAGUGAAUUCCGCCGCGUAGCCCAGCUGUUAGCUGACACGAUGACCUUUGACACAGAUGUCAAUGCCUCCGUUUUUGAAACCAACAUCAGAGUUGUAGGUGGCCUGUUGUCUGCCCACCUGCUGUCCAGGCGAGCAGGAGUGGAUCUGGAGGCAGGCUGGCCGUGUGACGGGCCACUUCUCCGACUGGCACAGGACGCCGCCAGGAGACUCCUGCCUGCCUUUGACACUCCUACUGGCAUGCCCUAUGGAACAGUCAACCUGCGGUACGGAGUGCCCCCUGGUGAGACACCCGUGACCUGCACCGCUGGGGUGGGCACCUUCCUGGUGGAGUUUGGGACCUUAAGCCGACUGACCGGUGACCCGGUGUUUGAGAAGACCGCCAUGCGAGCGCUCCAGGCCCUGUGGGAUGUCAGGUCGGACAUUGGAUUGGUAGGUAACCACAUAGACGUGACCACAGGGCGCUGGACGGCCAUAGAUGCAGGGAUAGGUGCAGGAGUGGACUCCUACUUUGAGUACCUUGUAAAGGGGUACAUACUCCUGGGUAGGCCUGAACUCAUGGACAUGUUCAAAGAGUACAACAAAACUAUCAACACGUACCUGAAGUACGAUGAUUGGUACAUGUGGGCCAACAUGAAGAAAGGACAGGUCACCAUGCCUGUCUUUCAGUCACUGGAAGCCUAUUGGCCAGGGUUACAGAGUCUGGUUGGAGAUGUGGACUCAGCGAUGAAGUCCCUACACAACUAUCACCAGGUGUGGCGACAGUACGGGGCCACGCCCGAGUUCUACAACAUUCCCAGCAGCAAGGCCCAGGAGAAACGGGAGGGCUAUCCUCUCCGACCUGAACUGGUGGAAAGCGCCAUGUACCUGUACCGUGCUACGAGGGACCCCUUCUUACUGCAGCUGGGAAGGGAUGUGGUGGAGGCUAUCAACCACAUCACUCGUACAGACUGUGGCUACGCUUCCAUUAAAGACGUGCGCACACAUCAGUUAGACAACCGGAUGGAGUCGUUCUUCCUGGCAGAGACCACUAAGUACCUGUACCUGCUGUUUGAUCCGGAUAACUUCAUCCACAAUGACGGGGGACACGGAGACUACGUGGACACUGUUAACGGGAGAUGUGUGCUGGACGCAGGAGGUUAUGUGUUCAACACGGAGGCCCACCCUGUGGACCCAGCAGCCCUGUACUGCUGCAGUACCUUCAAGCAUGACCAGGAAGAGCUGCAGAAACUUCAUGCCUCACUGGACUUUGGGUCCCUCCUGGAUGACUUGGAAGAUUUCAGCCAAGACAUGGGCAAGAAGGAAGACACACCUUUCCUUCGGACACAUAGUUCUAUGGAAUCAACAGUCGAUGAAAUGAAAGCACCUGACACAAGACAAGGACUGCAGUUUGACAAGUGGAAAAGGGACAAAGUGACCAGAAGCUGGAAUAUGGAGGAGAAACAAGCCCCUGCUAUUUUCACCUGCCCUGCUCAACCUUUCUACUCCAGGUUUUCCAUCUUGGGAGAGAUGUUUGAGGAGAAGUAGGUCUGACAAAGGCAGGAAUGAGGAAAAUUGCUGGACGGGCGGCAACGGGGGACUAACAUCUGCAAUUGUGCUCAUAAUUCCACCGGGUGCCAUAAUACCG